GGCUAUUCCCGCUCGCCCUGCCCCUCUGCCUGUGCCAACACCCACAGGGGCGUUCCCCUCACAACGCACAGCAACCAUCGCCCGCCAAACAAGCCUGCUAAACUCACGGCGCUCGGCACAUUAACGGGUGGUUCAUAAGCCAACUAGCUACGUUCGCGAUAAUUCAUAUCGCGUCGUCGUUAUUGUUGUUGUUGUUUGAUGUAUCUCCACGCCGUCUCCGUUAACGAUACCGUUAUGUUGAAGGCCUAGGAGGACGGAGCGAAGCCUACGCGCUCGCCUGGAUCCCUCGGCCGGGUGGAGCGCUCCCUGCUCCCCGUGAUCGCGUUGGGCAGGGGGGUGUGGGGGGGUGUCGUAGGCGGCAAGUUACGCGUUUUAUUUUAUUUCUUUUUGUGUGAAGGCGCAGCAGCGGUUAUUAAAAAAAUUUAGCGCGGCAUUUAUUAACGAUGUUGGUGUUUUCCGUUGCCUCAAGCAAGUUAAACGCGUGCCUUUAGGAAGCCUAGCUUUUGUGAGAAUGUUAAGUGCUGCAUAGGUAACGUAGUGUAUAUGAUAUAUCAAGGUUAUUGUUUGUUGUUGUUGCACUGUAAAAGUGUCUCAUACGUCGAAUAUAAAUUUUAAUAACGUCUGGCUGCACCGGUCAUGAUUUUAAUAAAGUGGUAACGGCCGUGGCGAUUAAAGUAGGCAUUGCGAGAGCACAAUACGACCUCGGCACGUCUAAUAGUAAACAACCUAUUUAAGACGUUUCAAAGCAGGUUAAUUAACAACAUUAACUCGCACUAACUGUUGAACAAUUACUGAUCCUGAGCAGAAUCAUAAAGAGGGCCUUGACACACGCCGAGAACUACGAACAGGCCUGCCCAUAUAAUCUCAGGAUUUUAAAUCGACUCGAUACAUUUGACGGAGCGAGUUAAUCAAUUCUGAGAUUAUUGUCACUCUGACGAUUCCCGUUUCUAAGUAAUAAAUUGUUAAAAAUAACAACAAAAACCACGGGUCUGUUAAGGGAGCCUCUUCCACAUCCUUCGGGGGGUGGUAUUUCGAUGUACAAACGGGUUACAAACGCAAGCACGGUGGGUAUUUAAAACGAUUCCAAGUAUAUUUUUGGUAUUGUUUCAUAUUUUUUAUUAUUUUAUUGUUUCCCUUCUACGUGACUUUACCGAAAGAACCAAGAAUAUGAUUCCAAGUAUCAUUAUUUACGACCACCCAAUUCGUGAUAACCGUGCCAACACGUAAUUUCAGAUUGCCCUUACUCUCAGACACGUCAGGGCAUUGAUUGGGGCAGAUAAAGCUGUGUAGUAAAUUUCAUAGCGAUUUGCUUCUGGGCUUUUGUAAGUUAUUCUCCGAAAACACGUGAUGGAUGGAUGAACGGACGGACAGAUACAAUAUUUACUGGGUAUAGCAAUAUGUAGUCUUAUCAGCUUUUUCUUUUAUGAAUACGCUCCUGGGGGGUGGGGGGCAAGUGAAGAAUCAUAAGUUGUCAAAACAUUAUUAGAUAACACAGCAAGAUCAGACCACGUUUCCUGCACCUCAAGCGCUUCUCAGGUAGUCCUCAAUUGAAUCAGUACCAAGUGCACGAUCCUUCUCUAUCAGACCACUUAAGUAAUUGAUUACUAGGGCGAUUAUUAUUUAGAUCAUUCGACCAAUCGGACAACACAAAUAUUUAGGGAGGGGAAAAAAAGUGGCAUCUCUCUUCGCACGUGUGCCGCUGGACGGGAGGCAAUGGACGGGGCUUGGUGACAGCAUCAUCACCUGCAUCACUCUGGGCGUGGCUUGUAAGGGGGGGGGGGGGUUUCCCACCUUCAGGGAGGGCAGUAUGUGGGGGUGACCUCCAUUUUUAAAGGUCGCCCGAGUAAUCGACCACGCACAAAGUACGUGCUCGAUUAUAAUUUGUUGUCGCGUCACCGUCUUCAUCGCCGCACCGUCCCCAGCUAUAAUCCCUCGCCCUACUUGCCACGAGAGAGACACCUCCACCGACCCGCCCCUCCAGGCGCUUCACAUAACGGAACCACGGUCAUGGGCUUACACGGCAGCUCGCUGAGAUGGUUUGGCACCAAACGCUCGGAAGGCGACCCGGACGGCAAGGUGUCCGGGUGGUGCAAGCGCUGCCCCAGCUACGACCACAACUGGACAGACCUGCACUACGCAGCCAGCCGGGGUGACCUCCACAAACUCAACAUCCUCCUGCACGCGACAGGUAGCAGCUGUGCUGCGUGCUGUGUAGUGUGUUGUGCGCCCUGUGCGUGGUGUGCAGGUUUGAAAGUGUGGCCGUGGAAGAGGAGGGCGCCCGGGUGGUUCAGAGACACCGACUCGUGCGACAGCAAAGACUUCUACGGGAAGACGCCGCUCUACUGGGCGGCGUACAAGGGUCACAGGGCGUGCAUGGAGCAGCUCAUCGGCCACGGCGCGGACGUCAACAGCCAGUGCAAGCACGGCAGCACCCCGCUACACACGGUCAUUGGCCUCUACCCGGACUGCGCCAUCCUGCUUAUACAGCACGGUGCGGAUGUGAACCAGUCGGACAAGUGGGGGGUCACGCCGAUGUACCUGGCGGCGUGCAACGGCCAUCUGGACGGGCUGCGCCUGCUGGUGCACGCUGGCGCCGUCAUGACCUACAGGAACAAGAUUCAACAUUUCUGCUACGGGGCGGAAAUUCUCGCCGGGCAGAAGACCGGCGAGGUACCGAAGCAGCUGGCGACGCGGGCGUCGGUGGUGUCGUGGCUGGAGGGCUGCGCGGGCACCCCGCGCUCUCUCAAGCACCUGGCACGGGUCCGCAUCGCGCGCCAGCUGGCGCGGCCGAGGAGGGAGGCCGUGCGACGCCUGUGCCUGCCCGCCGUCCUGGAGAGCUACCUCAUGUUCGACGACCUGGCGCAGUGCCUCGCCGACGAGGGCCUCCUCCUCCUCCUGCUGCCCGUGCACGACUCGAGGGCGGACCAGCUGGGCGCCGCCGCCGCCGCGCGGACGUGAAAUUGGCUGUCGCGCGACGGGCGUUGCUGUCUUGCGGCGGGGAUGGUAGUGGAGGUGGGGGAACAUUUUCGUCUACCCCUGCUGCUGCUGCUGCUGCUGCUGUGAGCAGUGGAGAGAGAA